UUUUGAUGACAUAAACAAUUCUGGCUGCAUCUCCCGCCAGCAGUGCUCCUGUAUUUACAAUGGCAACACUUACGCUCCAGGAACUUCUUUCUCAGAGCACUGCCAUUCCUGUACAUGUAAUGGAGGCAAAUGGAAUUGCGAAGAUAUGUCAUGUCCAGGAAUAUGUUCUGUAGAGGGAGGCUCACACAUUUCAACAUAUGAUAAAAAGCAUUAUGAUGUCUAUGGAGACUGCACUUACGUCCUUUCUAAGCACUGUGAAGAUGAAAGGUUCACCAUCCUGGUAGAACUACGCAAAUGUGGCAUGACAAACACUGAAACGUGUUUAAAGACAGUGACCCUCAGCUUGAAUAAAGGACAAAUGCUCAUUGAGGUCAAAGCUGAUGGUGGUGUGUUUGUGAACUCAAUCUACACCCAGCUGCCAAUCUCAGCAGCCAAUGUCACCAUCUUUAGACCUUCAUCAUUCUUCGUCAUCAUGCACACAAAUGUUGGUAUCCAGGUUGAAAUCCAGUUCACACCCAUCAUGCAAAUGUUUGUGCGAUUGGACCCUAUGUUCAAAGACCAAACCUGUGGUCUUUGUGGAAAUUUCAAUAAUGUCCAAACUGAUGACUUUAAGGCCAUAAGUGGAGUAGUUGAAGGCACAGCAGCAGCAUUUGCUAAUACAUGGAAAACUCAAGCUUCUUGCCCAGAUAUCCAGAACAGUUUUGAGAACCCUUGUGCACUCAGCAUCGAUAACGAAAAAUAUGCUCAGCAUUGGUGUGGACUACUAACUAACAAAGAAGGACCUUUUGCUGAUUGUCAUUAUCUACUGAAUCCCUCUACUUACCACACGAACUGCAUGUUUGACACGUGUAACUGUCAAAACAGUGAGGGCUGUCUGUGCGCAGCCCUUUCUUCCUAUGUGAGAGCUUGUGCUGCAAGAGGAAUCCAAAUAAAUGGAUGGAGGACGAAUGUCUGUUCAAAGUACACCACCUCAUGUCCCAAAUCCCUAAGUUACAGCUAUACCAUCGAUUCAUGCCAACCCACAUGUCGCUCACUUAGUGAGCCUGAUGUCACAUGCAAAAUUAAGUUUGUCCCAGUUGAUGGCUGCACCUGCAUAAAUGGAACCUACAUGGAUGAAAGUGGCAAAUGUGUGCCUGCUAAUGAAUGCCCCUGUUACUAUCGAGGAUCUCCCAUACCACUUGGAGAAGUUGUCCAUGAAAAUGGGCUUGUAUGCACUUGCAUCCAGGGAAAACUGAAUUGCAUUGGAGAACCCAAUCAAAUUCCAGUUUGUGAAUCUCCCAUGUUCUACUUAGACUGUAGAAAUAACACAGCAGAAAUAACUGGAUCAGAGUGUCAAAAAAGCUGUCAGACUCUGGAUAUGCAGUGUUAUAGCACACAGUGUGUAUCUGGCUGUGUGUGCCCAUCUGGGCUUGUGUUAGAUGGGAAGGGUGGUUGUAUUCCUGAAGAGGAAUGUCCAUGUAUUCACAAUGGAGCCAUGUAUCAACCCGGGGAAAAGAUCAAUGCUGACUGUAAUACCUGUGUGUGCAAGGAUAGGAUGUGGGAAUGCACCAAAAAACAAUGCUUGGGUACAUGUGCUGUUUACGGAGAUGGACAUUAUACCACCUUUGAUGACCAAAGGUUCAGCUUCAGUGGAAACUGUGAAUACACACUAGUCCAGAACCACUGUGGGAAGAGUGACACAGCGAAUGGGACCUUCCAGGUUAUCACUGAAAAUAUUCCCUGCGGCAGCACUGGGACAACUUGCUCAAAAUCUAUCAAAGUUUUCUUAGAGCACUAUGAACUGAUACUCAGUGAGGAGCGUGUCAGUGUGAUAAAGAGAGGACGAGGUGGUGAAGUACCAUUCACAGUCCGUUAUAUAGGUAUGUACACAGUGAUUGAUACCACCAGCGGACUGAUCCUCAUGUGGGACAAGAAAACCAGCAUCUUCAUCAAGCUGAGCCCUGAAUUUAAGGGUCAGAUCUGUGGCCUCUGUGGAAAUUAUGAUGGCAAUGGCAUCAACGACUUCACUACAAGGAGUCUGUCUGUAGUGGAGAAUGUCCUAGAGUUCGGAAACAGCUGGAAAGUAUCCUCCACAUGUCCUGAUGCUAACUUUGUAAAGGACCCGUGCUCUACCAACCCUUAUCGAAAGUCCUGGUCAGAGAAGCAGUGUAGCAUCAUCAACAGCAAUGUCUUUGCUGCCUGUCACUCACAGGUUGAACCAGCAAAAUAUUAUCAAGCAUGUGUGACAGAUGCUUGUGCCUGUGACUCAGGAGGAGACUGUGAUUGCUUUUGUACAGCAGUAGCUGCCUAUGCUCAAGCAUGUAAUGAAGUUGGUGUCUGUAUAGCCUGGAGAACCCCAUCAAUUUGUCCACUGUUCUGUGAUUACUAUAAUCAACAAGGAGAAUGUGAAUGGCACUAUAAGCCUUGUGGAGCCUCCUGUAUGAAGACCUGUAAGAACCCAAGUGGGAAAUGCCUCCAUAACUUGCCAGGUUUAGAAGGCUGCUACCCCAACUGCCCACCAGACAAGCCAUAUUUUCAUGAGGAUCAGAUGAAGUGUGUCAGUCUCUGUGACUGUUAUGAUAAUGAAGAUGGAAAGAUAUAUAUGCGGGAAAAAUGUCAAUUAUGCGAGUGCACAUCAGAAGGUUUACAGUGCAAGUUUGAUGAUAAAGCAUGUAACUGCAUAUAUGAAAACAACACCUAUAAAUAUAACGAACUCAUCUACAACACCACAGAUGGAAGUGGAUGGUGUUUCCGUGCAACAUGUGAUGUCAACGGAACAAUAAACAGAAAUAUAUUUGAAUGUGGAAUCACAAGUACCCCGUUUACAUUUUCUACCAGUCAACCUACAACAGAAAUGGCGACCACAACAGCAGUAAAAACUGUAUGCGUGAAGUAUGUAUGUGAGUGGUCAGAAUGGUAUAAUGGAACAGAGCUUGAAAAUGAAGAGGAAACAUUUCAAAAUAUCACAGAAAAAAGCACUUGUAAUGAAGUAAGCAGCAUUGAAUGCAGAGUACAUGAAAACUCACCUAGGACAAUAAAGGAUCGUAACCAAAAGAUACAAUGCAAUAAAACCACUGAAUUGAAAUGCAAUAACAAAGACGAAGAAGAUAAGAAAUGCUAUAACUACCAAAUCAGAGUAUUAUGCUGUAAUUACAAAUCAUGUUCAGAAAUAACAACUACAACACCAAGACAAACACAACAAACUACAUCCAUAACUACUGAAACAACAACAAUUCCAGUACAAACAAAGAUUAAACCAACAACGACACAAAAAGGAACCAAACCACAAGAAAAAGAAAUAACGACAAUAUCAACUCCUACCAGCGGUGCCAGUACCACUAAGAUGUCAGUCCAUCCAACCACCAUCGCAACAACUUCAGGGACUACAACACCUACCUCCAGUGCCAGCACAACCAAGACCACACUGCCAUCAACAGAAGGUACGACCACCAUGUCAUCCACAAGUGCAGGGACCACCACACCUACCUCCAGUGCCAGCACAACCAAGACCACUCCUCUUACGACAGGGAGCACAACUACCAUCACAUCUCCCACCACUAUCACCACCUCCCCUCCCCCAAGCACCUGCCAGCCACGUUGUGCCUGGACACGGUGGUUUGAUGUGGAUUCCCCAAGCUCUGGUAGCCAGGGUGGAGACUUUGAGACGUAUGCAAAUAUCCGUGCCGCUGGUUAUGACCUGUGCUCCCAGCCACAGGACAUCAGGUGCCGUGCUGAAAACUACCCUGACAGGAGCCUGGAGAGCUUGGACCAGAAACUGAAGUGCAGCCUCGAUGUGGGGCUUGAGUGCAGAAACGAGGAUCAGAACAGCAAGUAUCCCAUGUGCUUCAACUACCAGGUCAGUGUGCUGUGCUGUGACCACCAACACUGCUUGACAACAUCACCAACUCCGGGCACCACGACAAGCACCUCAACUGGAACCACAUCUUCUGAGACCACCAGCACAAGCACCACAGGAGUCACCACGACCACCAGCCCUCCGCCAACUGGCCCAACCACAGUCACGGCUGAAAGUACAACCAAGACUGUUCCGCCUACACCAGAAGGUACGACCACCAUGUCAUCCACAAGUGCAGAGACCACCAUACCUGCCUCCAGUGCCAGCACCACCAAGACCUCACCCCCUCCAACCAAAGGUACGACCACCAUGUCAUCCACAAGUGCAGGGACCACCACACCUACCUCCAGUGCCAGCACAACCAAGACCACUCCUCUUACGACAGGGAGCACAACAACCACCACCUCUCCCACCACUACUAUCACCACCUCCCCUCCCCCAAGCACCUGCCAGCCACGUUGUGCCUGGACACGGUGGUUUGAUGUGGAUUCCCCAAGCUCUGGUAGCCAGGGUGGAGACUUUGAGACGUAUGCAAAUAUCCGUGCCGCUGGUUAUGACCUGUGCUCCCAGCCACAGGACAUCAGGUGCCGUGCUGAAAACUACCCUGACAGGAGCCUGGAGAGCUUGGACCAGAAACUGAAGUGCAGCCUCGAUGUGGGGCUUGAGUGCAGAAACGAGGAUCAGAACAGCAAGUAUCCCAUGUGCUUCAACUACCAGGUCAGCGUGCUGUGCUGUGACCACCAACACUGCUUGACAACAUCACCAACUCCGGGCACCACGACAAGCACCUCAACUGGAACCACAUCUUCUGAGACCACCAGCACAAGCACCACAGGAGUCACCACGACCACCAGCCCUCCGCCAACUGGCCCAACCACAGUCACGGCUGAAAGUACAACCAAGACUGUUCCGCCUACACCAGAAGGUACGACCACCAUGUCAUCCACAAGUGCAGGGACCACCUCACCUACCUCCAGUGCCAGCACCACCAAGACCUCACCCCCUCCAACCAAUGGUAUGACCACCAUUUCUUUCACAAGUGCAGGGACCACCACACCUACCUCCAGUGUUAGCACCACCAAGACAUCACCUCCUCCAACAAAAAGUACGAAAACCGUUGCAUCCACGAGUGCCAGGACCACCGUACCUACCAGCACUGCCAGCACCACCAAGAUCACUGCUCCUGUAGUAGUGAGCACGACCACCAUUGUCACCACCACACCCUCAGUGUCCAGCUCCCCCACCAGUACAGUCACCACCUUGUCCUCAACUAGCGCCAUUUCAGCAACUUCUCCCACUGAACAAACCCAUCCUACCGCAAAACCCACUACUGUCCCCAAGUCUUCCACGACCACCACCAAAAGCACCACGGGAGUCACCACGACCACCAGCCCUCCGCCAACAGGCCCAACCACAAUCACAGCUGGAAGUACUACAAGAUCUGCUCCUCCUCCUACUAAAGCUGAUACUUCACAGCCAAGCCACGCUACAAGCACUUCUGCAUUCUCCAGCUCUUCCCCCACCGCACCUUCCACAACAGAAUCAAGGGGAACAACUCUGUGUUUUUGCCAUGUGUUUGGUGAUUUGUUUUCUCCCGGUGAAGUUGUAUACAACAGAACAGAUAAGGCUGGAUGUAAUUUUUAUGCACUUUGCAGCAAUGAAUGUGAAAUUGCUCCAUUUCUGGGGCCAUGUCCUACAACAACUCCUUUAACUUCGGUGUCCUCAGAGACUACAACACAAGCCUCCUCAUCCACAGCAACAUCCCUCACAACUUUACUAGAAAGAAACUGUACUGAUGUCAGUCCUCCACGAAAGCCUGGAGAGGAAUGGACAAAUGAGUGCCAGGAGUGUGUCUGUGAUCCACACACUGCUACGACACAAUGUCGGCUCUCAUGCCAAAUACAGGAAGCAGUUUGUGACGUAGGAUUUAUUGCCUUACCUGUAGUACCAGUAACAAACCUGUGCUGUCCUGAACUUAAAUGCCAGCGACGUUCAAACACCUGUGAGAUUAAUGGUAAAAUAUAUGAGAAUGGAACGUCUGUAAUAGAUUCGUGUAAGAAUUGUACCUGCACUUCUGAGAAAAAUCUACUCACUGGGUAUAACAUUGUGAAGUGUGAAGCACUUAAAUGUGAAACAUCUUGUCCACUGGGUCACCAAUAUAAGAUUGAGGAUGGAGAUUGCUGUGGGAAGUGUAUAGAAGUAUCUUGCAGAAUUCAUCUAAAUAACGAGACUGUUGUGCUCGAAGUUGGUGAGAUUCUGCCACUUGAUCUCUGCAGCCACUACAAAUGUGAAAUAAUUGAAGAUCAAUAUGUUGCAGUUCAAACAAAAAGAGUGUGUCCCGAGUACGGUCCACUGGAGUGUGAUCCCGAUGAAGCAGAGACUACUCCUGAUGGCUGCUGCAAGAUAUGUAAACCUACUAACUGCAAAGCUUACAGCACAAAAACUGUAAUCCAACACGAAGACUGUGAAUCUUCUGAAGCUGUUGAGUUGACAUAUUGUGAAGGGACUUGUCCUGGCUCCUCCAUGUAUUCUCUUAAAGCAAACCAGAUGCAACAUGACUGUACUUGCUGCCAAGAGCUCAGCAGCCAAAGAAGAGAUGUGAUCCUGAAUUGCCAAAAUGGAACAAGCAUAAAUUAUAGCUAUGUCUAUGUGGAUCAAUGCCAGUGUAUAAAUGCAUGCAACCCACAAACCCUUGAAGCAGAUGAUUACCAAUUUAAAAUCAGCCAAAGACAGACAUGAUCAUUGCAAAAACAAAAAUAGGCCCUAGGAAAGCUGGAACCGUAUCUUCCUCAAGAUAACCUGUGCUGCUUCUUCAACUGAUAUUUGUUUGUUAUUACCUUUUCUUUUUUCUUACUUAUAAAAGCCAAAGAACCCUUAAGUAUAAUAUUUUAUUUAAGUGAUACAGUUUUCAAGGUAAAAAAGAAGUAACCAUGUAAAGUAUCUUUCUGUACAUUAUGCAAAUACAUCAAUGUGUACCAGCACAAUCACAAAACCAACAUUUUGGUAAAAGUUUUAAUGGCUCCAAAAACAAAACCAGAAACAUUGUAGCUACAUUGCACUUAACUCUUAUGACUAGAGAAAGUUUUAUUGUAUAACAUUUUUAUGGAUAUAAUGCUCUUAAAAGACAUCACUCGGUGACAGGGAAGAGAUUGUUUCCCUGUUCAUCUUGUCUCUUAUGUGAUCAAUAAAACUUUCAGCAUUUUUCAGUUUCGGUGACUGAUACUGUUUUCACUAUCGAAAUAAGAAGUUCAAUGACAAAAGGUGGUUUUUUCCUUAAAAAAAA